UUUACAUCAACAAUGGGAAUUUGAUUCGCAGAGUUGGUUUAGAAUUUAGGAAAGGUUCGGAACGCGAAAGGAGAAAAAAAUGCAAGUUAAGUCCCGCAGAUAGCGAAUAGAGGUGACUCGACGCUGUGUAUGUCACCUGAUGUGUUUCUCGAAAAGUGAGAUUUGUUUCUCACGUCCAUCAAACAUCUGAAUCCCAUUUACAUCUAAAAUAACCAUGCAUUGCUACGGAAUUGCACCCGAUUCAGACGACUUUAAGCGUUCCCUGAAGGUCUUCGAUAAAAGAAAACUCCCGGCGGGGAUAUGCUACUGGAAAACAUUACACACCCAAAGACAACAAAAUUUUGGCGCUUGAUUGAACUGCUGCGAUCGCUGCGAUGUGAAAUGACUCCAAUUAUGUUUUGGGCUCAACGGCCGUUUAUCGAAAUCUAUAUGGAUUUUAUUAUGCUCAUCGACGUUUUGCGAAAUCCGACAGAUGACCGGAGAGCGAUGAUCGCUUCGAAAUCGCCGACAGUAGCAGUAUAUAAAAGAAAACUUUCCAAGUAGUCCGGAAAAGGCUUACGUAUGUGUGGAGGUGAGCAAGAAAAACAUCGUAGAUUGUCGUACGAAACCGCCGUGGACUUCGAAGAAUCAGCGGCAAUGAAAACCGGGUUUUAAAUUCCUCCUCGGGAGUUCAGUUUUAGAAAAUCUUGGAUUCAUAUUUAUAAGUUGAGUGAUAUCUUUCUGUUUUGAGUUCAAUGUUAGCCAAUUAUAAUAAAAACUGCAAAGAAUUGAAUUUUUCAUUAAUUUAUUUCUAAUUGGGAAAGAAAAAGCUCUAGAAUUAAAUUACGUGCAUAUUGUUUUACAUGUAGCUUGGAAUUACAGGUCACUUGUAAUUACAGUCCGCUUGCAAAUACAGGUCACUUUAAUUUACAGGCCUGUAAUUUUAUAUGGUCACUGAAAAAUAAUUGUCCUCGACCUGUAAAAUAACGGUAAAUGUCCUGCUCCUUUUUGUUACAGGACAUUUACUGUAAUUUUACAGAAAAUAAUUUUUGCUGUGUACCUUUUUGGCUUUCACGAUCGUUUACCUUGGCUAUCUCGGUAAAUUUUACCUUUUUAUUAUUUUCCGUGUAUAUGUUCAGAACAAAGUAUACUUGUUUGUGUUAUUAUUCGAAAGUUGACACUAAAAGAGACCGUUUCCAGCAAAAAACCAAGGUUCUUAGAUACACUAGGUUCUCCGACUUUCACAGUAGGCGAGGAGUGAGCGGGGCUCUCAAUGAGUUUGUUUAUUUUUUGCUCAGCUUUUCUGUGGUUUGUUGGUAAACAAACUUCAUGAGUUCCGCAUAGUCGCAUAGCCUACAUAGCCAAAAUGGCUGAAUCGGGAAUUCGUUAUUCGGGAACACCUCCUGAAUAUAUACCCACCUUGCAAAAAACUGAAAAUGACCCAAAAGUCACAUGGGACAUUCUUGGUUAGAACGGCAGUAUAGCAGGUGUAAGAAAUAGUGAAAGAAAGUGUCACAUAAGCUUCAAAGAUUCAAGGCAUGAAUUGGCCGUUUUGCAUAAUUUGCAAUAAUUUACCAAGCGUAAAACAUACUUUUUAAUACAUUUUAAUUAAAUUAAAUAUUUGUCUUACCAGUACGGAAUGAUAUAUAGGUUUUAUUUGGGUGCGCAGAAUAUGGGACAUAUGGGCAGAAUUAGGAACAAAUAGAAAAUAGUGCGCAGAAUAAGGGCCACUUGCAUUUUUUUCCAAAUGUUGUAAAUAAUCCACAUUUCUUCUCCAAAAUUGAGCUCGCAUUAUUUUUGCCGUUAAGUUUGUUAGUUAGCCCAACUGUACACGAAAUUUUGAGGAAAUUUAUUGAAAGGUAAAUUUUUCAUAACUUAAAACAUUUGAAAAAUCCUUAACUGCGCAGAAUUAGGGCCGUUCACGGUACAUAACAUUUAUAUUUUUGAUUUUAUACUCCACUGGUUACACCGUUUUAGGAGUAUAUCCUAUGCUAGCUGUUGAGGUUGUUGAUAACGGUUAGUUUAAAUUUCGAUGUACCAUCCAUAUAUAUUUCCACAGUCAACUUCCAUGUUUACUGAUUAGUUUGCAGUUUAGCCGCUAGGCGAUGUAGAAGAGAAUGAUGUUAAGAGAUAGACAGAUUAGGGCGCACUUUUGAAACGUGGUCAGACGUACGUGGUUGAAUUGUUGAGUUCUUUGAUGAUUACCUGAAAAUUAAGAUAUUUAACAAUUGUAAGUAAACAAUAAUUAAUUGAAAUAGAAAAAGAAACAUAUACUUACCCGAAUCAUACUUACCAAAAUUGUAGCAAAAACAGCGAGUUGGAAAUUAGAUGUUGGAAGGAGAAUAAGAAAAUUGAGGUUACGGAAUUUGUGAGUUAAUAAUUAAUAAUGUAACGCAAUCGAAAUUGUUACUAAUAAACUAUUAUAGCUUUUAGCAAAAGUUAUACACAAUCAACAGUGUUCUACGCUCAAAAGAUCCGAUCGAAAUUCUCUUUCAACAAUCUAAAAGAAAUUCCUGAGAUAUGGAAGGUAAACAAGCGGACAUAAACAAGGCUAGUUGCGCAGCUUGUAAGGCACCAGAUACCGAGGAAAUGGUGCAAUGUGACCACUGUGAUACCUGGUGGCACUUUGGAUGCGUGGGAGUUGGCGACAGCAUCAGCGAACGCAGCUUCACUUGUCCGGCGUGCCAAAAAGCCACGGCCAUAGUAUCAAGAACGGAUAGUGCUAAUACUAAGGCGGAAACUAUAAUACCCACAAGUGCGGUUGCCAGAAGUACAUCAGCUUCUUCCCGGACUGGAUCUCGGUUAGUCCUGCAACGACUCGAGGCGGAGAAAACAUUGCGUGAAAAGGAGCUGCAAUUCGAACGUCGAGAUGAGGCAAGGAAACGCGAGCAAGAGCGGAUACAGAAGGAUGCAGAGUACGAAAGACGACAAAUGCAAAUUGAGGUAGAGUUCCUGAGGCAGAAAAUUAAAGCGCUAGAAGUAGAGGACGAUUCUGUAAGUGUAGCCAGAAGCCGUAAGUCUGUGCAUAGCGGAAUCAAGAAAGUGGAAGAAUGGCGUAAGGGGCUACCACUUUUGGUUGCUCAAUCGACCAUGCAAGAACCGAGACGUCCGGAGUUAAUUGAUUUCCCAGGCAAGCUAGCCCACCAAGCUCAUAAUGGUAUAUCGGAAAUUUCGAAGGUUGUCCGGAGCAGAGUACCCACACAGAGUGUUAAUACCCGAUUGGAACACAAAAAUUCCCCCCUGAUUGACUUUGGCCAAGCGACGAAUUCGGUUACCAAUUUAUCCGGUCUGUCAAGAGAAGUUUGACCGAAUGUUAGCACGAUCCUGAAUGACGUCGGUGUAGAUAACAGAGGUGAACAACAUCGAUUCGGCGGUCAUGCGGUGGCUAAACGUGAUCAUGGACCUACAACGAGUCCAACGCAGCGUCAGUUGAUCUCACGACAGCUUAUGUCGAGCGAUUUGCCAGUUUUUUACGGGAAUCCUGAAGAUAGUCAUAUGACAUUUAAGCGUCACUACUGUGCUACACUUGAAAAGGCUAACCGAAUGCUGGGAUUUGUCAUACGUCUGAGUAAAGAAUUUACAGACCCUGUUUGCCUGCGAGCUCUGUAUUGCUGCCUGGUCCGUUCAAUACUAGAAUCUGCAAAUCUUGUGUGGUGGCCAUUUGAAGCUACUUGGGUAGCGCGUUUUGAAGCGGUUCAACGGAAAUUCGUUCGUUAUGCUCUGCGUGAUCUACCGUGGGAUAAUCCUCGAAACCUGCCACCUUAUGCACAACGUUGCGCUUUGCUUGGCCUUCACACGCUGUCGGAUCGCCAUUCCAUCGGUCAAUCACUAUUUGUGGCGAAAAUUCUCAGAAACGAAAUCGACUGUUCCUGGAUACUCUCCCGCUGUAAUAUUUAUGCCCCAGAAAGAGCUCUGCGAAACCGUGACUGGCUUUCACUGGAAUCGAGAAAUACACGCUAUGGCAGCAACGACCCCUUACGUUCCGCAAAAAUCAGCUUCUUACGCCAUUAUGCUCUUUUUGACUUUAAUGUCUCAACUGCAACAUUUAAACGCUUGAUCGAAUCUAACAUAAGUGACCAGUUAAGAAACAGCUAAUUAGAAAACUCAAAAUGUAAGUUUAGAUAGACCUAGAUUUAAGUAAACCAUUAAGACACUUACGUCAGAUGGACUUUUAUAAACAAUAAACAAUAAACAAUUGGCCCGUCUUCAUAACUACAUUCCGUACGACUUCCGAAGCGUGUGGAUAUAAUGCAACGCAGAAUCUCGUGAGACUGCAACGAGCGCUCAAAGGUGCCGCGUAUGAAGCUGUGCGCAGCCGGCUUAUGAUGCCGGAAGCGGUCCCGCUUAUUAUCGAACAAUUGGACACCCUUUAUGGUAGACCAGAGCUAUUAGUUCAAACGUUGUUGCAAAAGGUUAGGCAAGUACCGGCCCCCAAGGCGGAUAAGCUAGAAACCUUGGUGACUUUCGGUCUAGAAGUGCAAAAUCUUAGUUACCACCUGAUUGCCGCGAACCAACAAGCACAUCUCAACAAUCCGACGCUGUUGUUUGAGUUAGUGGAUAAAUUGCCCACACAUCUUCAGUUAGAUUGGGGGCUGCAUAUGGAGAAUAUUGAGACGGUGGACCUACAAUCUUUCUCAGCGUAUAUGGGUGUACUGGUAAGGGCAGCUUCCCGCGUCACGAGGAACCUUGAAAGUUUGCACCCAAAAAUAUCUCAUAGACUCGGACGAGGCGAGAAAGGUAAAGAGAAAAAUUUCUGCGGUGCCCAUGCUGAAAAGGAUCCUGAUUCCGAAGGGGAAGGGCCAGAUGGUUGGGAACAAGCUCCACAAGCCGUUAUGGCUCACGUAUCUAAUGAUGUGUCGGUGGACGGAGCAACGAUGGUAGACGUUCCACACGUUGGAAGAGCGUUCAACCCAGCUUGCUUCAUUUGUCAAAAUGUGACUCAUCGAGUCAAAAGCUGUCCAGAGUUUGGAAGAAUGAGUAUUGCAGAUAGAUGGAGGAAGGCACGAGAUUUAAAUAUUUGUCGCUGUUGUCUCAGUUGCCAUGGAAGACGACCUUGCAAAUCUGCUAAGCAGUGUGGGAUUGAUGGGUGCCAAAAGAAACACCAUCCAUUACUACAUGAAAACCGGGAUGCCAACGUGGAACCUGAAGCAACAGGUGCUGUCAACAAUCACCAUCACUCAGAACCUUCCACACUGUACCGGAUUCUGCCAGUAACAUUGCACGGGAAUGGACGGACUGUGCAAGUGUUUGCCUUUAUGGAUGAAGGUUCAUCACUGACUUUAGUCGAAGAAGAAGUCAUUAAUCAGCUGCAGAUUAAGGGGGACGCAGUGCCGCUAUGCUUGCAAUGGACAGCGAACGUAGCACGAAACGAAAAGAAUUCGAAGCGGAUCUCGUUGGAGAUAAGUGGUCAUUCAAAUCCUGGACAACUAUUUAAAUUGAAGGACGUUCGCACCGUAAGAUGUUUAAACCUUCCUAAACAAACAAUUCAAGGCGCAAAGUUGGCUCAAAAAUAUCCUCAUCUACAAGGGUUACCGAUUCAGAGCUAUGAGAAUGCGAUUCCAAAAAUUCUAAUUGGUAACGACAAUCUUCACGUCGGAGCAACGCAGAGAAUAAGGGAAGGAGCUAUCGGUGAGCCGGUAGGGGCCAAAUGUCGAUUGGGAUGGACAGUGUAUGGCGCUCUGGAAUACGGAUCUCGUCGAGCGAACAUGUUUCAUAUAUGUGAGUGUGAACACGAUUUGGAACUUCAUGAGUUAGUUGAGGAAUAUUUUCGAAUCGACAAUUUGGGAAUAAGAGCUACGAAAAAGCUGGAUUCCGAAGAAACGAAGCGAGCCGAGCAGAUUAUGAAACGAACGACGAGACGAAUUGAAGGCAGAUUUGAAACUGGACUCAUUUUCAAGUACGACUUUUUCGAGCUUCCGGAUAGUAUGCCGAUGGCAGAACGCAGACUACAGUGUCUUGAAAGACGUAUGGCUAAAGAUCCAGUAAUAAGUGAAAGCGUCCGACGCCAGAUGAAAGAAUAUGUUGAUAAAAAAUACAUACACGAAGCGACCGACGAUGAGCUGCGGAGUGCAGAUCCGCGAAAAACGUGGUAUUUACCACUGGGAAUCGCAAUUAAUCCGAAAAAGCCCUCCAAGAUACGUAUAUUUUGUGAUGCUGCAGCUAAGGUCGACGGUAUCUCUUUAAACACAGUUCUAAUGAAAGGACCAGAUCUCCUUAGCUCUCUUCCCCGAAUCCUUUUCGGGUUUCGAGAACGUCCGGUAGCGAUAUGCGCCGAUAUUAAAGAGAUGUUCCAUCAAGUUAAAAUACGGAAAGAGGAUCGAGACUGCCAAAGGCUAUUGUGGCGUGAGAAUGUAAAAGAGAGGCCAAAAAUUUACAUCAUGGACGUAGCUAUAUUUGGAUCGACUUGUUCGCCAUGCUCUGCCCAGUACGUGAUGAAUCUCAACGCCAGCGAACACGAACAAGAUUUUCCCGAUGCGGCGGAGGCGAUAAAGAAGCGGCACUAUAUGGACGAUUGGAUGGAUAGCGUUGAUGGUGUUGAACAAGCGGUUAAGCUAGCUCUUGAGGUGAGAACAAUUCAUUCGAACGGUGGUUUCCAGCUACACAACUGGUUGUCUAACUCCCCUGAAUUUCUGAAACGGGUCGGGGCUUCCAACGGUUGUGCAGAAAAGCCUUUAAAUCUAGACUGUAGCUCUACUGAACGGGUAUUGGGAAUGUUCUGGAUUCCUAAGUCCGACAUCUUCACGUAUCAAAGCGCAAUGAGAAUGGACCAGGCACGACCGACAAAACGCGAGGUGCUCCGAGCGGUCAUGUCGUUGUUCGACCCAUUGGGACUACUGUCGUUUUUCGUUGUCCAUGGUAAAAUAAUAAUACAGGACAUAUGGCGGGCUAAAACUGAGUGGGAUGAAAAGAUUCCACACGAAAUAAGCGAGAGAUGGCAAUCGUGGGCCAAAUAUUUUGAAGCGUUAAAUGAUGUACGUAUUGAGCGAUGUUAUUUUCCAAAUUAUACCACUGAUCAGUUAAAAGAAUUGCAAUUGCACGUUUUUUGUGACGCUAGCGAUAGUGCCUAUGCGUGUGUAGCGUACUUACGCGCAAAGGUCAAAGGGAAGGUUCUCUGUUCACUCAUAGCCGGUAAAGCAAAAGUAGCUCCGUUAAAGGUAUUGUCCAUUCCACGAUUAGAAUUGCAGGCUGCCGUCAUUGGAGCACGAAUGCAAAACACGAUCGUUGAAUCUCAUAGAUUGGAGAUUGAAAGAAGCGUAUUCUGGACAGAUUCGAAAACUGUUUUAGCAUGGCUAAAUUCAGAUCAGAGAAAGUAUACAAAAUUUGUUGGCGUUCGCGUUGGCGAAAUACUGUCUUCAUCAAAAUCCGAAGAUUGGAGAUGGAUACCUUCUAAGCUAAAUGUGGCGGACGACGCGACCAAAUGGGGUAAAAAUCCUAAUUUUUCACCAGACAGUCGAUGGUUUCGAGGACCGGAAUUUUUGUCAGAAGAUGAAUCUGCCUGGCCAGCCAAUACGAAUUCGACCUGCGAAACCACAGAAGAAGUACAACACUGCCUCGUGCAUAUACUCGACAAAGUUUUGAAAAUGGUUCAAUGGGAGGAUUUCUCUAACUGGGUGCGACUGUGGCGUGCUGUGGGAUACGUGCAUCGAUACUGUGACAAUUUUCGAGCUAGAUUUCUUGGGCAGAAGCUGACAAGCGGACCACUUUCACAAAACGAGUUAAUCAGAUCAGAAGCGACUAUUUUCCGGUGGAUUCAAAAAGAAGCGUAUCCUAAAGAGUUCAAAGCGCUGGCGCACGCGCUCUCGUCGAACAUCAAAAGUGUGAAGCUGGAAUCGUGUAGCCCGUUGAGAAAAUUAUCACCAUGUCUAGACCACGAAGGAAUUAUCCGUUUGGAAAGCCGCAUCGUAGCUGCCUCGUAUACUUCGUUCGACGUCAGGUAUCCAAUUAUACUACCCGCAAACCACGCUGCAACAAAACUGCUUAUACAUCGGUACCAUCGUCGCUUGCUACACGGAAAUCAUGAGACAGUAGUUAAUGAAGUACGUCAAAAAUAUCACAUCUCUAACCUCAGAUCCGUCUUGCGUAAGGUGGUCAAAGGUUGUUCAUUUUGUCUGGUUAAGGGAGCUAGACCAUUGGUUCCAAGAAUGGCGCCACUUCCCGAAGCGAGGUUGCAAGCUUAUAUUAGACCAUUUUCUUUCACGGGACUGGAUUAUUGUGGACCGUUCAACAUCAGAAUUGGCCGGGCCUCUGUGAAGAGGUGGAUUGCAUUGUUCACCUGUUUGACUAUACGGGCCAUUCAUUUAGAAGUCGUGCAUUCGCUCAGCACGGAAUCCUGCAAAAUGGCCAUUAGACGAUUCAUCGUACACCGUGGGUCUCCGAGAGAAAUAUACAGUGACAACGGCACAAACUUCGUGGGCGCUCGAAAUGAACUUUCCCGAGAGAUAAAGGCAGAGGAUUUAUCGGAGUGUUUUACAAAUUCAAACACCAAAUGGAUUUUCAACCCUCCUUUGGCUCCGCAUAUGGGUGGAGCGUGGGAGAGAUUGGUGCGCUCAGUCAAAGCCGCGAUGUGUGCCAUGCAAAUGACGAAAAACCCUGACGAAGAGACAUUUGCCACCAUCGUUCGAGAAGCGGAGGACAUCGUGAACUCGCGACCUCUCUCUUUUAUCCCAAUCGAAAAUGGACAGCAAGAAGCGCUGACACCCAACCACUUCUUGAAGUUAAGUUCGGACGGGGUGACACAGACGCCGAAAAGGUUGACGGACGAUAGGUCAGCCCACCGUAAUAAUUGGAAUCACCUCAACAAUGCUGUUGAUCAAUUCUGGUACCGAUGGGUACGUGAGUACUUGCCAACAAUUACACGACGCACUAAAUGGUUUCACGACACGAAGGAAAUUGUACCUGGGGACCUUGUGAUAAUCGUGAACGAAUCGGAGCGUAAUGGAUGGACAAGAGGAAGAGUGGUAUCUGUAUCGAUGGCGGCUGACGGAAGGAAACGGCGAGCGGUAGUUCAAACAUCUUCUGGACUUCUUCGGAGAGCGGUAGCUAAACUUGCACGAUUGGAUGUAGAAGGUAAAACUGGGUCUGAUUGACGAUAGUACCCAGUGUUACGGGUCGGGGAAUGUUGAGGUUGUUGAUAACGGUUAGUUUAAAUUUCGAUGUACCAUCCAUAUAUAUUUCCACAGUCAACUUCCAUGUUUACUGAUUAGUUUGCAGUUUAGCCGCUAGGCGAUGUAGAAGAGAAUGAUGUUAAGAGAUAGACAGAUUAGGGCGCACUUUUGAAACGUGGUCAGACGUACGUGGUUGAAUUGUUGAGUUCUUUGAUGAUUACCUGAAAAUUAAGAUAUUUAACAAUUGUAAGUAAACAAUAAUUAAUUGAAAUAGAAAAAGAAACAUAUACUUACCCGAAUCAUACUUACCAAAAUUGUAGCAAAAACAGCGAGUUGGAAAUUAGAUGUUGGAAGGAGAAUAAGAAAAUUGAGGUUACGGAAUUUGUGAGUUAAUAAUUAAUAAUGUAACGCAAUCGAAAUUGUUACUAAUAAACUAUUAUAGCUUUUAGCAAAAGUUAUACACAAUCAACAGUGUUCUACGCUCAAAAGAUCCGAUCGAAAUUCUCUUUCAACAGCUAGCUAAACCCUAAAAAAUCUAUUUUAAACUAAAAUGUAUGUUUAUAAUGAUUCCAGAUUUAAAUAAUUAUAAAACAAAAUAUGUACACAAACAAAACAAAUUUUAAAAUAAUAUUUAUCCCAGUUUCUGUAACAAUUUUAUAAAUCGAUAGCAGUAGGUUGUUAGCCUAAGGUCCCCAUCAGGCGAUGGGGCUGCCAUCUUGGACUUAGCUGGUGGGAGCCGCAUUUCAUACAUUCAGCCGCUCGCUACGAGACAGACGCUGUUUGAGCCGCCCCUGACCUGAGGUACAGAAGCGUGCGGCCACCUUCUCGGUCUGCAUGCGACCAAAGCAUCCACCGGGGUUGGGUACCCAAUCUCCGCUUAGAUUACUCGCAUCCCAGCCAGCCACGCCGUUGAAAAGUUACAAAUCAUGCGAUAGCUGUGGCACUGUUUUUCGUCAAUUUAUAACGGUUUCUUUAAAAGAGAGCAUUUGAUAUUUUACAUUUCACAAAUUUCAGACGACUUGUUGUUCGAGUUUGUACAUCUGUUCAUGUGGGUGAUUAUACCCUAUUCUACUUUUUAUUGCUAUAUUAUCUAUUAUCUAAGGUUCUGAUUAUUAAAUGAUGUUUUCAAUA